AUGUACCAUGCUCAAGAUGGUCCGUUCCACGAAGGGCCCUCUAUGCAUAUUGAAGAUGCUAAUUAUGUAAAUAACUCUCAAGGGAGUUACCAAAGACCGAACUACCAAGGUGGUUAUCAGAGUCAGAAUCAGUGGAGACCUCAGCAAGGUCAGGGUGCUUAUCACAACUCUAGGAACUAUAACAAUAGCUAUGGUGGUGCGAACCAAGGGAGCUACAACAACAGCAACAACUUUGGGAACAAGAGUUCAAAUCCUUAUAUACCACCGAAAGGGCAGUCAACAGAGCAAGGUAAUUCGAAGGUUGAAUCAAUGCUUGAGAAGAUUCUUGCAAAUCAAUCUAAGUCUGAGAGGAAUUUAUCUGGGCUGACAGAGACAGUGGGUUCCUAUACAGCGGCUAUUCAGUAG